AUGGGCAACCCAUUCUCGCUCUUCCACGCGACGCUCCAGUCUAGCAAACGCGGCAAUACUGCCAAAGCCCGCCUACCCACACGCGCGCACCGACACGCCUGGGACGACUGGGACAGCGACAACGAUGACGCCGAUAGAGCGGGUCUCGCGAGCUGGAUGGGCCGGCGCAAAACCAAGGGUCGAGGUAGUGGGCCCAGGGAAGGCAAAGGCAGUAUGGACAGCACCGAGAGCGACAACGACGCCACGAGGCCCAGUCUGUGUCUGAGAGAGACACCCAAGAAGGCAAAGAAGAGCAUGAACAUUAGUAAAGAAGAUCAAGGUUUGGAGCGCGCUAGGAUUGAAGCUGCGGAGAAUGCGAGGGCAAGGCGGCGGGACGCGGAACAGAAGCUGGCGAAGAAGAAACCGAGUGGGUUUAUCAGGGCGAUUACCUGUGGGAAGAGCGAUACUGAUGGGUAA